CGAAAAAAAAAAUCUGGUAGAUCCUGUUAGUCGAGCGAGGUUUGACUGCUGUAGAAACUGUGCUGUUCACUCGAGGGGGAGGACGUGGUAAAUUAGAUCUAAAAUCUACUCCUCACUCUCACACCGUCCAUCUCAUACUUUUUUUUAAAUAUAAAAAAGGUCAUAAGUGUUGUAGAGUCGGACAACCAGCCAUCAACAUGCUUCGUGUGGUCACUCAGUCCCUUCAGAGAGGAGGGAUCUCCAGCGCUCGUCCAGUAGUGGUGUCAGCUCGCUCGUUCAGCUCCGACCUUGAUCACGAUGAAGAGCCGAGCUUUUUCGAGCAAGUCGAGUUGUUUUUCGAUAAAUCCGCGGAAAUGUUGCAGCCACGGCUCAUGGAGAAAGUCCACGGGAAGAAUCUGACGACGGAGGAGAGGAAGAAAGUCGUGGAGGGAAUCCUGAGGAUUGUGAAGCCGUGCAACAACGUCAUGGCGGUCAACUUCCCCAUCAAGAGGGACAAUGGUCAGUUCGAGAUGAUCGAGGCGUACAGGGCACAGCACAGUCAGCACAGGACGCCGUGUAAAGGAGGUAUCAGGUACAGCAUGGACGUGAACUUGGACGAGGUCAAGGCCCUUGCGGCUCUGAUGACCUACAAAUGCGCCGUGGUUGACGUGCCGUUCGGCGGGGCCAAGGCCGGUGUCAAAAUCAACCCAGCCAACUACUCCACUACAGAGCUGGAGAAAAUCACCAGGAGGUUCACCGUCGAGCUGGCGAAGAAAGGAUUCAUCGGGCCAGGAAUUGACGUGCCAGCACCAGAUAUGGGCACGGGGGAGAGAGAGAUGAGCUGGAUCGCAGACACCUACGCCAACUCUCUGGGUCACGGAGACAUCAACGCUCGUGCGUGUGUGACCGGCAAGCCUAUCCCUCAGGGAGGUAUUCACGGCAGAAUAUCAGCCACCGGCAGGGGUUUCGGUAACGUGGGGCUGCACAGCAUGAGGUACCUUCACCGCGCGGGCGCCAAGUGUAUCGGUAUCAUGGAGUAUGACGGCAGCAUCUACAACAAGGAUGGCAUCAACCCCAGAGAACUCGAGGACUACAAGAUUGAAAAUGGCACAAUUGUUGGUUUCCCCGGCGCUGAGUCCUACGACGGCAACUUGUUGUUUGAGAAGUGUGACAUCCUGGUCCCUGCUGCCAGCGAGAAACAGAUCACCAAGGACAACGCUCACAUGGUCCAGGCAAAGAUCAUCGCGGAGGGUGCCAACGGCCCAACCACCAUGGCUGCUGACCAGAUUUUGUUGAAGAAGAACAUACUCAUUAUCCCUGAUUUGUACAUCAACGCCGGUGGUGUGACCGUGUCUUACUUUGAGUGGCUGAAGAAUCUCAAUCAUGUCAGUUACGGACGUUUGACCUUCAAGUACGAGAGAGACUCCAACUAUUACUUGCUCGAGAGUGUACAGAAGUCGUUAGAACGCAAGUUUGGCAAGAACGGUGGAGCUAUCCCUAUCAUGCCCAGUGAAAGAUUCGAAGAGAGAAUCGCUGGUGCAUCGGAGAAGGAUAUCGUGCACUCAGGUUUGGAGCAGACGAUGGAGAGAUCUGCCAGGAACAUCAUGAAGGCAGCCAUGGAGUACAAUCUGGGCUUGGACAUGAGAACCGCCGCCUACAUGUCGGCCAUUGAGAAGAUCUUUGACGUCUACCAGGAGGCCGGACUGACCUUCACGUAGUCGACGACACACUGCCGCACGCACUUUCCUACAUCGGAUCAGAUCCAACAUUUCUCUCGUUUCAUGGCAUAUAUAUAGAUGUAUAUGUGUUUGGGACUAUAUGUUUAUGUAAAGUGUUGACAAAAGUGCACAAAUGGGUGGGGGGGGGGAGGUAUGUAGUUUGCUGCUGUUUAAGAAGGUUAUGAUUCCGGUUAUGGUUAUGGUAAUUAAUCUAGUUUUGGGAAUGAAUCUAGUUGUGAUAAUGACUCUAGUAUGGUAAUGAUUUUAGUUAUGGUAAUGUAUCUAAUUAUGGUAAUGAAUCUAGUUUUGGGAAUGUGUGGUGGGAGACAGGAGGGCUAGAUGGGUGUAGUGGGCUCUUCCUGUACUGGAAUUUGAAAAAAAGAGAGAAUUCUGUUGUCUUACGCAGAAGAACAUGCUGCUCUCUCUUUUUUUUUUCUUUUUUUUUUUUUUUUUGGUGUCAGUUUGGGUUCCUUUAUGGUGGAUGUUGGGGUUUCUUUUGGGAAGUUUCUGUUGCUUUGUUUUGCAAAUAGCCAUGUACUAUCUCGGUGCCGUUAGCAUAAGAUUUACCUACUGCUUGCUGGUUGACUGUAUCUGUGUACAAAAAAACGUGCUUAUUUAUAACGUGACGGUGUGUACUAGCAGUGUUGUGGGUUGUGGCGACUGUCGUUAAUCUCGGGGAAUGUUUUAGUUCCUUGCGGUAAUGGCAGUUUGCAGUUGCCUCGAUGUUCCGAGAUGGUUUGAUGUAAAUUUUGUAGGUCAAGCACGCCCCCCCCUUUUCUUCUUAAAGCGUAACCACCUUUGUAGAUUAAUGCACGAGAAGGAGGAAAGUGUAGCCAAAGUUUUGUUUUGUUUUGUGUGUGAACUUUUUUGAAAGUUUUUUGUUUUUUGUUGUUUUUGGCUUUUGAAUGUGGAAGGUUUGAAAGGGUACUUUUGCCAACAUUUCUGUGAUUUUGUUUCUGGUAGUUUUGAAAUGAAUGACGGUUGUGUGACAGUGCUUGCUGGAUACGGAUGCCGGCCGGUGUGUAGCGUGUUGUUGCAUGUGUAGCGUGUUGUUACAUGUGUAGCGUGUUGUUGCUCUGUCUCAUCAGAACAUUGAAUCCUCUCACUCUCACUCGAUGAUGUGCUGACAAAUUUCUCUCCUCUCUCACUGACAAAUUCUUUUCCUCUCUCACUGACAAAUUCCUCUCCUCUCUCGACUCGCACUGAAUAAAAUUGUCUGUCUUUGUUUCAUCUGUUACAUCUCCACUCGAAUCUUCUGUGUAGAUAUGUACGGGUAAUGUGCAGUUUGUUGACCGAGAAACGACCGUGUGUGUGUAAAAGGCAAGCGCUAAUGCUCUGAGCAUUAUAACAAGCAGUUUCAUGACGCGCAUUAGAUAAGGAUAAGAACAUUGGAGAAUGUGAAAUGCACUGAUUCUGUGCUGUUGUCUGUUGAGAUUAUUGAACCAUUGAUGAUUCUAUAAAUAUGUAGGCCUACUGUGUAACAAUGAUCGAAUUUGAAAGAUCAUCGUCUCAGGGCACUUGAUUGCAGGCACAAAUUUAAGAUAUAUAUAUUAUUAUAGUCUGCAUUUUCCCCUUCAUAUACCUGGGACCACUGUAGAGUUUGUGUCUGGCGAUCGUGUUGGGUGCUGCUAUUGACGUUUGUGAGAUCAAACCCAGCAGGUAAAUUAUGCCUCAGAAAUACUGACUCUGUGUCACUGACUUCGUGACACUUAUGUUGUGUCACCAACACUGUGUCCCUUAACAAUGUGUCAUCGACGCUGUGUUGAAAAUGGGUUAGAUCAAGUGAAUUUAGUCAUGAUGUUGAUUUAAAGGACCGUUCUCGUCCACAUUUCGCAAUCAAUUACUCCCAAGUAUUUUUAAAUAAAGCAAUCUUUACGCGAUGCCUUUUUCCAGCACGGUUUUUUAAGGUUAUUUUGUUAUACACAUAUCUAAUCUAAUACUUUUCUGUAGCAGUCAGUGUGUGGCAGUUUUUGUGCAAGUGUCCUUGUGUGUGGGAGGAAGAGAAAGAUUAUACAGCAUAACACGGAUAGGUCGAAUACAGAUGUUGUUGAUCCAGUGGGUCGAACACAAAAGACUAAAAAAAAAUCAUGCUUCCAUCGAACUGUGCCUGUGGUCCCGUUUUUCUGUUCUUCGGUAUCUUUGUAAGAUACCCCCUCGAAAUAUGGAUCCUUCGAACUAACAAGGCCGGUCCCGACUACUUCGAGCUAUCCAUGUAACACUGUAUAUUUAAUUUUUUGUUGUUGUUGAAAAGGAGGAUACAGAAUCUGUAGCCUGAUAUUUUUUGUACUGUUUUCGUUUACAAAGUAAUGUAAAACCAAAAUGUUAUUUCUGCUAGGGUCUCUUUAGUAGACUUGGAUGCAUACAUAUUAAAUUUUCACUUACCACCCUGUA